AGGGAGGAAGAUGUGAAGAACAGGGUUUCAAAGUCCUCAAUGAGAACCACAUGCAGUAGGUAGGCGGGGCCAGGCGAUGCCUAAAGCCAGCCUAGCUGGGAAGAGCCAACGCUCCUGACGUUUUCAUAAGGCACAGUUAGAUCUGUGGGACAUAUGCAGCACACUCUCGGAUCACUCUGGAAAUCUGCUGUGUAGGACUUGCGGAGGAAGAGCAACUCUACAGUUUGAUCAAGUUUGUUGGUGUGACACCUUUUAGCAAAGGCACAAGGGAUUAAAGACAUGUUAAGAGGUGAAAGAAGAGAGACCAGCAAGCAAGGUUUGCAAAACUUGCUAAGACUGACAGCUCAGCGCAGCAUGGAGGAUGCUGAGGAGAUUGAGCGGGAGAGGCGGCGCCGGGCCAGGAAGCUGAGCGCUACCCAGCAGGAGCUGGACUGCGGAGAACCCCUCCCAGAGAGGAAUGCGCCUCAUGAUGGCAUCCUGCAUGAGAUUGGCUUCAAGCCCAGCUGUCCAUCCUCCCAGGAUGAGGAUGAGGGCUUUGGUGACUGGACCCAGAAGAUGGAGAAGAGCAGGCGGCGGGACCUGGAGGAGCAUGGCAUGGCCAAGGAAGGAGGAACAAAUAGCAGGCAAGGCGGCCCACUUAUCGGGCGGAAGAUCGGCACUGAAGCCCCACCAGCGGAGCAGGUAGAUGAGGAAGAGCAAGUGAGUAAAGGGAGCAUGUCAAGGAGGGUGCAUGGCCAGGAGAUACUGAAGAGGGUGGAGAGGAUAAACGACCGCAAGGAAAAAGUGCAGGAGGGACACAGAAAUGAAGACACAGAGCCAGGCAUGACAGAAGGGAAGGAUCCAAGAGCCCACCAGAAGGAAAAGGUUAAAGGAAACCGGACAGACAUGAAGAUGUCAUACAUAUCCAAAGUCUAUCUGCAACAGGAAGGAGGGCAGACUGACAAAGGUACCCAUGAACAGGAAGUGACAUCACAGGCAGCUAAAGUGAAAAGAACGCUGAGGGGCAUGAGCCUGAACCCGGAGGGGAGAACAAGGAUGGAAUCCUUCCAGGAAACUGGGUACAAGCUGGAGCAGAUCCAAGGCAGCCUGCAAGAGAGGGAGAACACGGAACGGGAGAGGGAGGAGCAGCGGGCGAUCGAGACCGAGCUAGAGGGGCUGAGAAUGAGGGAGGAGGAAGAGGAACAUCAGUGGCACAUUCAGACGGGGAAUGACAUUGAUGGGAGAGUGAUGGAGGAGCCCUCAUACUCGAUUACAGAGAGGACAGAGUCACUGAAUAGAUGCUUAAAGAAAAGUAGUAGCUUUAAGAAGAUACAGAACCCUGGCUGCAUCUCAAAAAUCGAUGACAAAGUGGAGCAGUACACUCAUGCCAUUGAGAGCUCCUUAAAGGAGGCCAAACAGGCACCGACAGACAUGACCAGCCCCCCAGAGCCUGUGGCCGCCAGGAAGAACUUAUUCGAGGCUGGAGAUGCCUGGAACCCAAGCGUCACCAAAGGCUCCCCAUCCAAGGAUGCGGAGGCUCUGAAGGUGGGCGUGACGGACUUGAUCACCCAGUGGGUGAAGGGUAACCUGGACGAAGGCUCCAGAACCUCCCCCCCAAAGCCAGCUGAAGUGAAAUAUGGUGAAGUGUUGCACAAAAAGAACCUCUGGGAGACUCUAGGGGACACUUCCUGCUUUGGGAAGGCUGGACUGGGUGGAAAGGGUCCCUGCUCUACAAAGAGAUACAAGUUUGUUGUGACAGGCCAUGGAAAGUAUGAGAAAGUCCCUGUCAGUGAUGACCAUUGCAAUGCGUGCAUGAAUGAACAAUCAGGUGGAACAUGCCCCGAACACUCCUGAGAGCAUUUCACUGCAUUUCAGGUGGAACAUGCCCCGAACACUCCUGAGAGCAUUUCACUGUCAACGUUAUUGAGCCUCAUUAAGUUCAUUUAAAUAUUCUACAUGUGAAAUACCAACAUCUCUGUUACUGCCGACAAUAUCCUGUAAAUCUCUCAACAAAUCUCUCACUUAAACGUUUGUAUUGCAGCCUAUUUGCCUUGUUUCCAAUUUCAUUGUCAUUCUUGUAGUUGCUGCUGACUACAAAAAUACAUAAAUAUAUAUGCAUGUAAAUGAUGUUACAGUUAUGCUCAUUUUUAUAUUAAAACACUUUUGCCUGAAAAUUUGUCUAGAUCUGCUUAAUUCAUUCUAUUUAAUUCUGUUUUGUGGUCUAUUUCUUAGCAAGUUGGUGUAGGUGACAUAGAUGCCUCAAUUACCAUAAUUCAGAUGCAUGGAUUUAUAGUUAUGUUUGCUGCCCCUGCUGGAAUGCAUCCAGAAGGCCAGGACCCCCUUUCAGUGUGGCCCCAUGGAACGUGAGAGGGGUAGCUAAUUUAACAGUAUCUAAAACCAGUGCCACUCUUAGCCCAUGUGGCAUCCUAGGCAAGCAUCACCGCUGGCUCCCCCUAUCUGUGGAGAAGUGAAACUGACUUAGGCCCUAGGCCUAUAGUAUUUACCAGCCCUGUCCAAAUCUGAUGUUGGAUUCUGGAGUUUUUCUCAGCUUAGUUUUAUGGAGAAGUAAGGUACAGCUGCUCAAUAGCUCCCUCUGCAGGUGAGCUGCAUGCAUACCUUGAGCCACAUAUAAAAAAUAUAGUUACACCAAAUGUUUCUCUUGAAGCACUGAUGCCAGUUUUAUGUUGAACUUUCUCAGCCCGUUUGUUAAAUUGCAGUUUUUUAAAAUAAAGAUAGUCCAUGUUGCUGCUAUUAUUAUUGAUUUUUAAUUUUAAUUGUUUAUCAAUAAUACAGACCAAAGGUCUCCCAGAAUUAAGUGCAUAUCAAAUGUAUAACAAAAUGCUUUAUCGAGGUUUUCAGGCUAAAAAGUUGAAGUCGUUUCCCAUGCAUGCUCAUAAUAUUACAAUUUCAAAUUCUUCUUUAACUCCCAAAAAAUAUCCAUGUAGACCCACUGUUUAGAAUGAUUUACAUGGCAACCUGUACACCAAUACAUGCUGAGCCUGAUAUGUGAGAGGGGGUCAACCUUUUAAGGCCAGUAGGUUAGAUGUUUGGGUCGCACCCAAACUUGAAGUUUAAAAGAGGAAGGGUUAAUAAUAGUUUACCCACAUAUACUAAUGUAAGGUUGAUUCUAGCUUGGGAAAAUUAAUUGUAUGUACAAGCUGUUAAAAUAUAAGAAAUAUCUUUGUUGCAGCUAAAGAAGAUUUUUUUGUUUGUUUUUUAGAACUUCCCAAGUAGAUAUGUACAGAUUAUUAACAGGUUACUCUGGAUUCCAAAGCAAGGACAGAAAAGCUUUUUGGUUGAAGAUAAAAGCAUGCAAAUAGCCUGAAUAUCUUACAAAGUUCUGAAGGCUGAAGGAAACAUAUGACUUAUCUGCAAUCUGGAAUAUUCUUAUUGAGGACAUAGCUAGUGGUCUGUGAAGCAUUUGUUGUAAAUAAUAUUGCUAGUGCAGCGUUACAGUUAUGAAAAUCCAGUGUCAUGUUUUCAGAGCUUGGCGCUUUAAAUUGCAUGUCAGCGGAAGCCUAUGCAAACGGAAGGCUGGAGAAAAUGCGAAUAAUGAUUUACCUGGGACCGACUCUGACCCCAAAUGGAUGAAUGGUCAUUUAAAAUGGAAGGAUGGAUUCAUAGACAAACUGGGAUAUAUAGUGGGGGGUCACGUCAGCGCUAGGGCCAGGGCUUUGCCUCUCCUUGACUAGCUUGCCUCCGAUGGAAGUUCGACCAAUAAGGGGGCUCUAAAGAUCAAGUGUCACCAUAACAGAAACACUUUAUCACCCUGGGUGGUUUGCAGACCCCUUACAGCCAGUGUCCCCCCACGAGGGAGCUCACUUCUUUCAGCCUUUCUGAGGU